UCUACUUAGCAGUCCUCAAAGAGUACUGGGAAUUUCCCAUUUAACAGAAUGUUGGCAGUAACAAUUGGGCACACUAGGACAAUAACCUGUUUCCCUUUAGGUCUCUGAUGUGUGAGUGUACCUAGAUGAGGAAGAGGAUAUUCACUUUCCGGUACCGUGCAGCACAAUUCAUCUCCUUAGCAUAAACCUUGGUUUGGACAACACUUUGGUUAUCAUGCAUGGGGGCUGGGAGUUUUUUCUCUUCCGAACUAAACAAUGAUUACAAGUUUUUCAACAAAGUUCUUUCCGCAAGAUCCGUUUUCAUUCCAAAUUACACAAACCAGGUCCUCUUCCUCUUUGCUUUCUCUGCUUGCAACGCCCCUCCCACUCUUCUCAAAACCGGGGAAGAACUCGUACUCAUCCUUCAAGAUUCAGCUCAAAUGUCUCUCCCUGGUGGAGGCUUCCUCAGCAUGCCUGGCAGAGCCGGUUACUGUCUGCUGCUCCCGUAGCUCAUUGCGAGCAACCCGGCUUUUAACACAGCACAGUGGGUUUCCAUUUAUCGGGCGGGUCUUGCCCCCGCGGUCUGAGCUUCCAGCGCCGAGACCGCGUCUUUUAGUCACUCCUCCCCCCACCCCCCGUGAGGAUCGUCCAGCGUUUGGCACAUGGUAGGCUCAGAGAAGUUGGAUGACUGAAACUCUUAUUAACUGGCGACCUUCUGGCCACAGGAGCAACAUGCGACCCAGGUUCCUCCCGACAUGUGAUAGGCGGCUCAAGUGAAGGAGGAGUUUCAGCUGGCACCCGGUUCCCGCCAAGCCAGCUUUUAAAAACAAACAGCUGCAGAUACCGAGGCAUAGAGGGUGGGCCUCACGACGACCGCCUUUCGUGAACCCAGGUGGGUGAAUAGCCGCCAGGUGAGCUCGCUAAGGCCAUUUCGGAGUUUGUUCAAUUAAGGGAAACGUCUUAGAGCACUCGGGGUCCCAGAGCUAUUUCUCUAACUCUGGGCAGGAGACGCUGUCCGUUUUUUUCUAACGGUAACAGGAAGUCGAAGGAAAAACGUGGGAUUCAGAGGUUUGGGCCUCUUAGACACGAGGAUCGCCGAGGAUCCGGGUCUGACGUCUGUGAGGGCCGGCGCCCAGCACUUCGCCACCCCAGCCCCUAGGCUGAACGCCCACCGCAAGCGGCCGCUCCCUCUUUCACCCUCGCCCUCGGCGCCCCGCCCACUCCCGGGCGCUGAGCCGCCAUCCUCGCGAGAACACCGCUAGCCUCGCCUCUUCGGACUCCAGGCUCUCGCGAGAAGAGGCUUAGGAGCCGGCCUGUAACCUGCCCCGGCGGCUCUGCUGGCCGCAGCCGCCUGAGUGGCCGCUGCCACAGACACCUCCAGAGGGACCCAGUUGAGGAGGAAGCGGAGGUGUCGCUGGCCCCCCGCCUUCGCCUAGGUCCUCCCUGGACACUCAAGAGGGACUGCAGGUUAUGGGUGCUACAUAUGCUUUCAGAGCAGUAGUGUGAGGAAGCUUGAAGUGGGAUGGCAGGACGGCCUCAUCCUUAUGACAGUAACUCCAGUGAUCCAGAGAAUUGGGAUCGGAAAUUGCAUAGUAGACCUCGUAAACUUUAUAAACAUUCAAGCUUAAUGAGGAAUACUUCAUUUAGAACACUUCAUUAUCUGAUAAUUUACUGUGUUAAUUGGCAGCUCAUAAACCUCACAUAUUGCAGUACUCCCGCACGUGUUGCUAAAGGAGUUGUUGACCACACCAAAAUGAGUCUACAUGGUGCUAGUGGGGGACAUGAACGAUCAAGAGAUAGAAGAAGGUCAAGUGACAGAUCGCGAGAUUCAUCUCAUGAAAGAACGGAAUCUCAGCUCACUCCUUGCAUUAGAAAUGUUACUUCUCCAACACGACAGCACCAUGUUGAACGAGAAAAAGACCACAGUUCCUCUCGUCCAAGCAGUCCUCGCCCUCAGAAGGCAUCUCCAAAUGGUUCUAGUAGCAGUGCCGGGAACAGCAGCAGAAACAGUAGUCAGUCAAGUUCAGAUGGUAGCUGUAAGACAUCUGGGGAGAUGGUGUUUGUAUAUGAAAAUGCAAAAGAAGGAGCUCGGAAUGUAAGAACGUCGGAACGAGUAACACUGAUAGUGGAUAACACUAGAUUUGUUGUAGACCCAUCCAUUUUUACUGCACAGCCAAAUACAAUGUUGGGCAGGAUGUUUGGAUCUGGCAGAGAACAUAAUUUUACACGUCCCAAUGAGAAGGGAGAGUAUGAAGUGGCAGAGGGAAUUGGCUCCACUGUGUUUCGAGCUAUUCUGGAUUACUACAAAACAGGAAUAAUCCGUUGUCCUGAUGGCAUAUCUAUUCCUGAACUGAGAGAAGCAUGCGACUAUCUUUGUAUUUCUUUUGAAUAUAGUACUAUUAAAUGUAGAGAUCUCAGUGCCCUAAUGCAUGAGUUAUCAAAUGAUGGUGCUCGUAGACAGUUUGAAUUUUAUCUGGAAGAAAUGAUCCUGCCUCUCAUGGUAGCUAGUGCCCAGAGUGGGGAGCGAGAAUGCCACAUAGUAGUGCUUACAGAUGAUGAUGUAGUUGAUUGGGAUGAAGAGUAUCCACCACAGAUGGGAGAAGAGUAUUCACAAAUUAUUUAUAGCACAAAAUUAUAUAGAUUUUUCAAGUACAUUGAAAACAGAGAUGUGGCCAAAUCAGUUUUGAAGGAAAGAGGUCUUAAGAAGAUUAGAUUGGGAAUAGAAGGUUAUCCUACCUACAAAGAAAAAGUAAAGAAAAGGCCUGGGGGCCGCCCAGAAGUGAUUUACAACUAUGUCCAAAGACCCUUUAUUCGAAUGUCUUGGGAGAAGGAAGAAGGAAAGAGUCGGCAUGUAGACUUUCAGUGUGUAAAGAGCAAAUCUAUCACCAACCUUGCAGCAGCUGCCGCAGACAUUCCCCAGGACCAGCUGGUAGUCAUGCACCCGACUCCACAAGUAGACGAGCUGGAUAUUCUCCCGAUGCACCCUCCUUCUGGCAACAAUGACCUCGAUCCUGAUGCACAGAAUCCAAUGCUGUGAUGCUGAUGUUCCUUGAAACCAUCGCAUGCUACCCUUCACGGUGACGUUGCGCUCUCCUCAUUCUGCACUACAAGGCCACGCUCUUCAUCGUGAGAUGCACAUAACAAUGUUUAGGAUAUUGCAGUGGAGGCUUUUUUAAAGACCAAAGGUAGCUGAAUGGUUUUUUAAAUGAGUACAACUCUAGCAUCCUGAGGUUCCAGUUAUAUAAAUGUAUUUGUUUACCAGUAGGUUUGUGAAAUUGGUUCUUUGUAUGGGGGACUGUCCUUUUUCACACAUCUAGAUAUUUUCAGAAGUGGUGAAAAUUGGCAGCUGGGGUCUUUUCAGCUUAGAUUGAUACUCAUCACACCCCAGGUAAAAUGUAGAAUAUUACAUAGUUGCACUUUAUAAAUGGUGGUUAAAUGGAACUGUUCAAGCCAUUUUUAUAGUUGUGAUGCACAAUAUAACUGAAAUAAGUGCUUCUAUCAAAGUAUUCCUUCAGUAAAAUGUGUAUAGUUUGCUGCCCAUGAUGAGCAAAAAAAAAAAAUGAGUAUUUAUCAUUGGGCUUAUUUGAAUGAUUAGGAUGAGAUUCAAUGCCCCUAUCUAUCUUCUCUCCAGUGCUGUUCUUGCCCUUUUACAGUGAGUCACAUGCAGGAAGUGUGAACAUCCAGUCUGCCUUACCCUUUAUCUGUUCAGAUAUUUAUUUACUAAUUUUUUUUUCUUAAGAGUUAUGGGAUAGGAAAAUGAAGUGUUUGCUCUUCAUUUACUAAAUGAUUGUAAACUCGAGUUUUUCAUCAAAAUAAAAUUCCAUUGUUUUAA